UCGAGAUCGUUCUCCCCUCCUCCUCCGCUCCCCUGCCCCCCGCGUGCUCCUCCAGCCACUCCGCACUCCAGAUCUCCGAACCCUAACCCCUCCCGCAUGCCAUUGCACUGAGCAGUAGCCGGUAGCGGUAGCCACACGCCAUGGCGCAGCCGCGCACCUGGGGGAUCCUCCUCGCCGUCCUCGUCGCCGCGGCCGUCGCCGUCCCGCCGGCGACCGCGGCGGUGGCGAGCAUCGACCUGGGCUCCGAGUGGGUCAAGGUCGCGGCCGUGCACCUCGCCCCUGGCCGCGUGCCGAUCGCCGUCGCCAUCAACGAGAUGUCCAAGCGCAAGUCCCCGGCCCUCGCCGCGCUCGCCGACGGCAACCGCCUCGCGGGCGAGGAGGCCGCCGGAAUCACGGCUCGCCACCCGUCCAAGGUGUUCGCCCGCGCGCGGGACCUCCUCGCCAAGCCCUUCCCCUACGUGAAGACCUUCGCGGAGUCCCUCUUCCUCCCCUACGACCUCGUCCCCGACACGCGCGGCGCCGCCGCGGUCCGCGGCGACGACGGGCAGGUGUACUCCGUCGAGGAGAUCGUCGCGAUGGUGCUCCACUACGCCGCGGGGCUUGCCGAUGCGCACGUCGGGGCGCCGGUGCGGGACGCGGUGGUCGCCGUGCCACCCUACUUCGGGCAGGCCGAGCGCCGGGCGCUGACACAGGCCGCACAGCUGGCUGGAAUCAAUGUGCUCGCUCUCAUCAAUGAGCACGCUGGGGCAGCGCUUCAGUACGGGAUUGACAAGGACUUCUCCAACGCGUCGCGGCAUGUCAUCUUUUACGAUAUGGGCGCCGGUAGCACCUACGCCGCGCUGGUGUACUAUUCGGCCUACAACGCCAAGGAGUACGGGAAGACGGUGUCCGUUAACCAGUUCCAGGUUAAGGAUGUUAGAUGGAACUCCAAACUUGGAGGCGUUGAAAUGGAAAUGCGCCUGGUGAACUAUUUUGCCGAUCAAUUCAAUAAGCAGCUCGGUAACGGAGUUGAUAUCCGUCAGUCUCCCAAGGCAAUGGCUAAGUUGAAGAAGCAAGUUAAGCGCACCAAAGAAAUUCUUAGUGCAAACACUGCUGCUCCGAUUUCAGUUGAAUCUUUGUAUGACGAUGUCGAUUUCAGGAGCACCAUAACACGUGAGAAAUUUGAAGAGCUUUGUGAAGAUUUAUGGGAGCAAGCUCUAACUCCAGUUAAAGAAGUGCUCGCACAUUCUGACAUGAAGAUUGAUGAUAUCUAUGCUGUAGAACUCAUAGGAGGUGCUACCCGGGUUCCGAAAUUGCAGGCUAAGCUGCAGGAGUUUCUAGGUCGGCGCGAACUGGAUAAGCAUCUUGAUGCUGAUGAAGCAAUCGUUCUGGGCGCCUCACUGCAUGCUGCUAACCUGAGUGACGGGAUUAAGUUAAACCGUAAAUUGGGGAUGAUUGACGGCUCUACAUAUGCUUUCAUGCUUGAAAUAGAUGGCCCCGAUUAUGUCAAGGAUGGAAGCAUCGAUCAAAUUCUGGUGCCAAGGAUGAAGAAAAUGCCAAUAAAGAUGUUUAGGUCCAUCAGACAUACCAAGGACUUUGAUGUCUCUCUUAACUAUGACAAAGCUUACGAACUGCCUCCAGGCAUUCCAUCACAUAAGUUCGCGGAGUAUUCAGUAUCAGGCUUGACAGAUGCCAGCGAAAAGUAUUCAAGCCGUAAUUUAUCGGCACCCAUCAAAGCAAAUAUACAUUUUUCUCUGAGUAGAAGCGGAAUUGUUUCUCUUGAUAGAGCAGAAGCAGUGAUUGAGAUAACUGAAUGGGUGGAGGUUCCAAAGAAGAUUGUGACACUAGAGAGUAACAUCACAAAUCAGAAUUCAUCUUCUGAAGCAGGGGCAGCUAAUAGUACAACAGAUAGUAAGGAGGAUCUGAAUUCUGAUAGUGAUACUAAUUCCACUGCUCCCAUUGAUGAGAGUAAUGCUAAAGAAGCUAUUACAGAGAGGGUGCUCAAGAAAAGAACAUUUAGGGUCCCACUGAAGGUUGUGGAAAAAACGACCGGUGCUGGAACAAUUCUUUCGAAGGAGUUGUAUUCUGAAGCAAAAAGUAGGUUGGAGGCACUUGAUAAGAAGGAUGCUGAGCGGAGGAAGACUGCUGAACUAAAAAAUAACCUAGAGUCAUACAUAUACUCUAUGAAGGAAAAGCUGGAAGAAAGCACAGAUAUGUUGACUGUCUCAACUGAACAGGAGAGGGAAUCCUUUACAGAGAAACUUAACGAGGUGCAGGAUUGGUUAUACAUGGAUGGUGAAGAUGCUCAAGCAAAUGAAUUCAAAGAACGCCUUGAUCAACUUAAGGCCAUCGGUGACCCGAUUCUUUUCAGAUUGAGUGAAUUGAAAGCCCGACCAGCAGCCUGCGAAAAUGCCAGAUUGUAUCUUUCUGAGCUGCAAAAGAUUGUCAAGAACUGGGAGACAAACAAACCAUGGCUUCCAAAAAAAAGAGUAGAUGAGGUUGUAAGUGAUGCGGAGAAAGUAAGAGAUUGGUUGGAGGAGAAGGAAACCCUGCAGAAAAGCACCCCUGCUCACAGUCCACCUGCUUUCACAUCUGAAGAAGUUGUUGACAAAAUUCUGGACCUACAAGAUAAGGUUGCGAGUAUUAAUAGAAUUCCGAAACCAAAACCCAAGAUUGAAAAGAAACCUGCAAAAGAGGAAGAGCCUGCUAAUAAGGAGAAAACUGCCAAUGAGAAUGAAUCUACUGGAACAUCUCAGGAAUCUAAAGCGACGGAAGGUGAGCCAGCAUCACCCGAGACUGGUUAUUCGGAACCUGGAUCUCACGACGAGUUGUGAGUACGUGAAUCAACUAUGGAGCGCCGUAGAACAGGUUGGAAAUAUGCAUAUACUCAAAGAAGGCAGUCUGAGUCUAAAUUUUGGUUGCUCAAAUUUUCUCAAGUUUUGUUCGGUGACCAAAAGACGAGGCUAUGUAGGAUUUUAAUGAACACUAGAUGUUGAUCUAUAGUUUCUGAUCGCUGUAUAGCAGCUCUCUGGUGAUGUACGUUAGGCACCUCAAAGGUGCAGUUCAGGACCAAGAAUUGCAUUGCUGUACUGAACUCAUUUGAUUUUUUAUAUGAGGAAUGCUACACAAAUUUUACGUCAA